GGACGCUUGGGCGCCCGCGCCGGCUGGGCUCCCUCUGUCCGCCGCUUUUGGGUCGUAGCGACCCAUCGCCCACUGUGGACUUGGCUCGGGGCCUCCUUCGCUUUCUGUGUCCCUCGCGGGCCCCACCGGUUCCCAAUGCCGGGCCUUGGGCCCUGGGCAGUGUAAUGCUGCCCGAGUGUGGCCCGGGACACCGCUUGGACCACGCGCGAGACCGCCUAGGGCUGAUUCGCUGCUGUCCUCCCGUCCUCUCCCAGGUCAUCCCGAAGGUAGUAUUUCCCGGGAGCAGCAGCCCUUUCUGAGGGGAUGGGCGCAGCCAGGCCAGAUGGACGAGAAGACCAAGAAAGCAGAGGAGAUGGCCCUACGCCUCGCCCGGGCAGUGGCCGGUGGAGAUGAACAGGCCGCUGUGAAGUAUGCCACCUGGCUGGCAGAGCAGAGGGUGCCCCUCAGAGUGCAAGUAAAGCCUGAGGUGUCCCCAGCACAGGACAUCAGACUGUGUGUGAGCGUGGAGGAUGCCUACAUGCACACCGUCACCAUUUGGCUUACAGUGCGUCCUGAUAUGACAGUGGCCUCCCUCAAGGACAUGGUAUUUCUAGAUUAUGGCUUUCCACCCAGCCUGCAGCAAUGGGUGGUUGGACAGAGACUGGCACGAGACCAGGAGACCCUGCAUUCGCAUGGUAUUCGACAGAAUGGAGACAGCGCCUACCUCUACCUGCUGUCUGCCUGCAACACCUCACUCAACCCUCAGGAGCUGCAGCGGCAGCGCCAGCUUCGGAUGUUGGAAGAUUUGGGCUUCAAGGACCUUACCCUGCAGCCACGGGGCCCCCUGGAGCCUGUCCUUCCCAAGCCCAGGGCCCACCAGGAGCCGGGGCAGCCAGAAGCAGCACCAGAGUCGCCACCGGUGGGCUGGCAGUGCCCUGGCUGCACUUUCAUCAACAAACCCACACGGCCUGGCUGUGAGAUGUGCUGUCGUGCAAGGCCAGAGACCUACCAGAUACCUGCCUCGUACCAGCCCGAUGAGGAAGAGCGAGCACGCCUGGCCGGUGAGGAGGAGGCGCUGCGCCAGUACCAGCAGCGGAAGCAGCAGCAGCAGGAGGGGAACUACCUGCAGCACGUGCAGCUGGAGCAGAGGAGCCUGGUGCUGAACACCGAGCCCGCUGAGUGCCCUGUGUGCUACUCAGCGCUGGCGCCCGGCGAGGCCGUGGUGCUGCGUGAGUGUCUGCACACCUUCUGCAGGGAGUGCCUGCAGGGCACCAUCCGAAACAGCCAGGAGGCGGAGGUAUCCUGCCCCUUCAUUGACAGCACCUACUCGUGCCCUGGCAAGCUGCUGGAGAGGGAGAUCCGGGCGCUCCUGUCCCCCGAGGACUACCAACGCUUCCUGGACCUGGGUGUGUCUAUAGCAGAGAACCGCAGCACCUUGAGCUACCACUGCAAGACACCCGACUGCAGGGGUUGGUGCUUCUUUGAGGAUGAUGUCAACGAGUUCACCUGUCCUGUGUGCUCCCGGGUCAACUGUCUGCUCUGCAAGGCCAUCCAUGAGCACAUGAAUUGCAGGGAAUAUCAGGAUGACUUGGCCCUUCGGGCUCAGAAUGAUGUGGCUGCCCGACAGACAACGGAGAUGCUGAGGGUGAUGCUGCAGCAGGGCGAGGCCAUGCACUGCCCGCAGUGCCAGAUAGUGGUCCAGAAGAAGGACGGCUGUGACUGGAUCCGCUGCACUGUCUGCCACACUGAGAUCUGCUGGGUCACCAAGGGUCCACGCUGGGGCCCUGGGGGCCCAGGUGACACCAGUGGGGGCUGCCGCUGCCGGGUCAAUGGGAUUCCUUGCCAUCCUAGCUGUCAGAACUGCCACUGAGUUGAAGAUGGUGGCCCUCAACAUUGACUCAGACCCACAUCUGUAGCAGCUAAACAGCAGGACUAGGCCAGGGGGUUUAACUCUGGUUUGGCCACUGUACCUUUAAGCUUGGCCAGGGAGAAGGCCCUGAGUUGUGCUGCCAGCCUGCUUGCUGUAUUACAGGAGCCCCAGCUGAGCUGGUGCCAUGUCAAUCCCACUGCCAAUGUUGCUCCACGGGGUUGCUGACCAGACCUUAUGGCCCUGAGCUAUAUAUCCUACCCUUACUAGCCACCAGCCUUAGUUAAACACAGCCUUGACCUAAGGCCUGGCUGACUAGUGCUCUGAGCCUCCGAGUGAUUGUUCCCCUUCAGCAUGCUCCCCGAGGACCUCAUCCUCAUGCUCUGCCUUGCUGCCUUUCUGGGCACUUUUGCUGCUGUUGCUGUUGAGGGCCUGGCACCUCUCAGGGCUGUGGUGGACCCAGCGCUGGUAGGUCAGAAAGCAAAGCCCAUGGGGUCAGCUCUGCAUCCCCCUUUGAAUAAGUGAAUUAAAGUUGUUUUCCAAGAA